AUGGCUACUUACUCUGUCCUUACCGAGUCAGCUCGCGUGCUGAAUGAGCAUCUGCUGGAAUCCAAAGAUAUUCAUCUUCCACAAGCAUUCAAGGAAGCCGCCAAAUUGGUCAAAUUUGUUGGCAGUGAUAUCCCCUUUAUUCCUACUCUUCUCAAGAUAACUGAGUCUAGCUCCGCAUUGAAUGCAUUGGUCGCUAUCGCAUGCAGUGCAAUUUCCAAGGAUCGAUAUGGAAUUGAUUAUCAGAACGUCGAGGUGAACAUUGAUGUGGCCUCUCUUUUCUUGAUGUCGCUUAUCCUUGCCACUAUCAAUGGCAAGUCAGCACUCGAAAACUCUCAAAUUCAGACUGAAAUUGAAAAGGGGAACCACUACGCGAUGGAGAAGCCCAUUCAUCGCCAAUGCACCAAUGUUUACCAAACUAAAGACGGGCGACACUUCCAUCUUCAUGGUUCCAUGAAUGCUACUGCUGCCAUGAAGAUGGUAGGGGCUCCUGAGCAAGACGUUUUUCAUGAGGAAGCGAGAGAAAUUUACAUGGCCAAGGUUGCUGAAUGGAAUGCGGACGACAUUGACCGCACUUCCAACGAUGAAUACCGCCAGGCAGGUGUUAUCUGUUCCACACCAGAUGAAUUCUUCGCGUCUGAACAAGGGCGAGCUAUGGAAAAGGAGCCUUUGUAUAGACUGAAGAAGCGAUCUGCACCGAUCAGUUCUUGGCCUUCGGUCAAGGACAGCUCCCGGCCGCUAGCUGGAAUUCGUGUCACUGACUUUUUGCGAGUCAUUGCUGGUCCUGUCAUCUCCAAGGUUCUUGCUAUACUUGGAGCUGAAGUUCUGAAAGUUACUAAUGAUGAGUUGCCUGAUAUCACUCCCACUUCGAUCGAUUUCAGUGUUGGAAAACGGGACACAAAUCUGAACUUGAAGUUCGCGGAGGGUCGCCAGAACUUCCAGCAAUUGAUCGACGGUGCAGAUGUUCUGAUUGAUGGAUAUUGCCCGGGUGCCUUGGAGAAAAUAGGGUUCAACGCGGACUCUAUGUGGGAAAACAACCCCUCUCUCAUCUAUCUUCGUGAGAAAUGUUGUGAAUUUGCGGGGCCUCUUGCAUACCGCUCCGGAUGGCAACAGAUCAGUGACUGUCUAGUGGCUUUGGCAUGGCUUCAAGGAGAGUUCUUUGGCUUGAAUGAGCCAGUCCUUCCUCUACUUCCUAACUCCGACUACCAAAUGGGCCUUGCUGGCGCUGCAGCUGUCUGUCAUGCAUUGUUUGCUCGUACUAAGGAAGCCGUCACAUUUGAUAUCGAUAUCUCUUUGACACAGUAUAACAUUUGGUAUUACCGUCUGGGCCUUUACGAUUCUGACCAACAAAAGGUCCUCUUGAAACAGAAGGACUGUGUUUCCUUCCGUGAUUACGACGACAUGUCAUCCCUGAUAAUGAAAACCUUUGCUACCGUCAAGAACUGUCGUCCAGAUUUAUUUGAACAUCCGGAGUACUUCCAAGAGAUUAGCGGCAAAGAAUGGGGUAUUCAAGAGAACAUCAAGAUCCUAUCUGCUCCAUUCAAACUCAGCAACUCUACUUGA